GCGUUAAUUUUGUAAACAUUGCUCCACUCCCGCACCGUUUAGCAGCGCUACAGUGAAGCAGAUUCUGUUCGCGUAAAAAGAUUCAUUACUUUGUGAUUUCGGAAGUGAAAAACCUGUGAUCUUGUUUUAAAACAUGGGUAAAAGACGUGGUAACAAUAAGCAGAAUCCGUUUGCGAAGAAAAAGCGCGAUCUGAAAGAGAGGGAGUCUGAGCCGGCCCGGCGAAAGAAGCCCUACGAUGAUAUUGUUCGAGCAAACGAAUCUUUUGAGACGUACUACAAGCACCAAAACAUCUGCAAACCGGAAGAAUGGGACGAGUUCAUGGGUAAACUACGCUCCAAUUUGCCGGUCACUUUCAGAAUCACCGGUUCCAAGAGUCAGGCUCAUGCUCUGCUGAAGAUCAUAAAGGAUAAAUUCUUCACCGAGUAUCACCGGGCGGUGGCUGAGUUCAGGGAGAGCGGCGAGGUGGUUCCAGAGCCACAGUGCUUGGGAUGGUAUCCUAAUGAAUUCGCCUGGCAGUUGGAUCUAUCCCGAAAGGACAUCCGUCGGUCGGAACCGCUGUACAAGUUGCACAAUUUCCUAAUUGCGGAAACCAGUUCCGGAAAUAUCAGCCGACAGGAAGCCGUUUCAAUGAUACCGCCGCUGGUGUUAGGAGUUGAGCCUCACCACAAAGUGCUGGAUAUGUGUGCUGCUCCGGGGUCAAAGACGGCUCAGCUGAUCGAAGCUUUGCAUGCUGGCGGGGAGAAUCUUCCCACCGGUUUCAUCAUGGCUAACGAUAUCGAUAACAACCGGUGCUACAUGCUGGUUCACCAAGCGAAGCGAUUGAGCUCUCCUUGCUGUGUGGUUACCAAUGCGGACAGCUCCAAUUUCCCCAAUAUGAAGCUUAAGACCGAUUCUGGUGAGAUGAAGACGCUCAAAUACGAUCGCAUUCUAUGCGACGUUCCGUGCUCCGGUGAUGGAACCAUGCGCAAGAAUCCGGACAUCUGGACGAAAUGGAACCUACAGCAUGCAGCCAAUUUGCAUGGAUUGCAGUAUCGCAUUGUGAAACGAGGCGCUGAGCUGCUGAAAGUUGGAGGGAAGCUAGUCUAUUCCACGUGCUCCCUGAAUCCGAUCGAGAACGAAGCUGUGCUCCAUUAUCUUCUUACCCAAACCGGAGAUGCCAUGGAGAUCGUGGAUGCGAGCCACUUGCUGCCAUCGCUGAAGCACAAUCCAGGAAUUACCUAUUGGGAGCCGGCCACCAAGGACAUGAAGUUCUACAAGACCUUCGACGAAGUCCCGGAAAUGUACCGCACCAUCAUCCGGCCGCACAUGUUCCCUCCGGCUCCGGAGAACGUCGCCAAGUUCAAUCUGGAGAAAUGCAUCCGAGUGAUGCCGCAUCAGCAGAACACCGGCGGAUUCUUUAUCGCGCUGUUGGAGAAGAAGAAGCCACUUCCGUGGGAAACGAGUGAAUCUUCAGAGGCCACGAAGGAAACAGACGCAAAGAAACAGGAAGACGAAGAGCCGCCACGCAAGAAGCCCAAGUAUCGCCGGGGCUUCAAGGAAGAUCCGUUUGUGUUCUUCGAUGGGAAGGAGGAUAUCUUCGAAUCGAUUAAGGACUUUUACGAGCUCAAUAAAGAUUUCGACCCGAAGAACCUGCUGACGCGCUGCAAGGAGGGCAAAAAGAAGAACAUCUACUUCUGCUCGGAAAUCCUCCGGAACGUGAUCACCAACAACGAGGAACGGAUCAAGUUCAUCAAUCUGGGCGUGAAGACGUUUGCCCGGUGCGACAACCGCAACAUGGAGUGCGACUUCCGGUUGGCCCAGGAAGGUCUACCGAGCGUGAUCGGUUUCCUCGGGCCGGACCGGCAGCUGUUCAUCGACAAGGGCGAUCUCAUUCGGUUGUUGUCGAACAACGAUCCGACCAGGCCGCCGGAGAUUAGCACCCUGUCGGAGGCCACGCAGUGCAGCGUGCAGCUGUUGGGACCGGGUAGUUGCGUUCUGCAGUACCACGCGGACGAUCUGCAGCUGGACAUCGUUGGAUGGCGCGGAACGAAGAGCCUGAGGGCGUACGUCGAUCAGCACGAUACGGUGCACAUGCUGCGGCUACUGGGUGCCGAUGUGUCAAAAUAUGAGAAAAACAAGUUCGAGGCAAGGAAGGAAGCGGAAGCGGAAAGGGAAUCUUUGAGAGAUGAAGUGCUUGAUCCUGCUGAGGAAGAUGUUAAAAAACCCGAGGAGGAUGUAGAGAAGCCGGAUGUUGAGGAGGUGAAAGAAGAAAGUAAGGAUGCCGAAGAAGUGAAAGAAGAAAGUAAAGAUGCCGAGAAAGUGAAAGAAGAUGUUAAGAUGGAAAGUGAAAACGAAGUGAAGGAAGAAACGAGUUGAAACCUUGUAAUUUAAAUGUUGCUUGCUCGAAAGCAAUUCUGUAACAUUUCUACUGAACACUGAAUAAAUACGAGCGAUUUGAAUUCCUGGUCGUGAA